AUGGAAAGAGUUGGUGAAGAAACAGUAGCGAGUAACAACAUAGAAUUGAAAGGACGAGUCGAUGAUGUUCCUCGUAAGCUUGAUGAUCGUCAUAUGGUGAUUGAAUCAGAAACUGGAAACGAUUGUUUGAGGAGUGAUUGUCCUGGAAGCUCAGUUCAUCACAGGAAUGUUGUAGAUAUGAAUAAGUCUCCGGAGGAAGCUAAGGUUUCUGUUGAAGAAUUGACAUUGGGGAACUAUAGGGUAGUUCAAGGGAGUAAUCAUAAUAAUCAUCAUCAUAGUAUGGAUAGUUCUAGGGCUGGGAAGUUUGAGCAUCUCUAUCGUUUAGCUAGAGGGUCUUCUUUUAAGGCAGGAGAUGGGGAUCUUGAUUCUCAUCAGCCUCGUGAUAUGGAUCAAAUGUUGUCGAGAAUCAGACAACAGCUUGCUGGAGCUCCUUCGGAAAGGCAAAACCUGAAACCUUUUAUGGGUAGGAGGAAUGAUCAGAAUCUUGAAGCGUUUUCUGAACGUUUAAGAGUAGCUGGUGAGAACAGCAUGAUGAACGCUCCUGCAUUGGUCAAUGAAGGUGUUCACUUGAAAACGCCGUUAAGUUCUUCGAGUUUUUCUCAGUUGAUACGCAAAAGAGCUAUGAAGGGGAAAGGGGUAGUAGGAAAAAACCAGGAAACUACUUCUGAAUUUGUAUGUGAUCAAGAUAUAGGAGGCAAGGAAAAAAAGUUGGAUAAUGGCAAGUCACCUACUCCUCAAAAUGUAAUUACUCCAAAAUCAAAUCCCAACGGAAAUGGGAUCGUAUCACAUGGUGAUGUGAAGCAUACUAGAUCUUCUUGUGGAAUCAGUUUGAGGGAGUUUCUUAGAUCAAGUUAUGCUAAACGAGAGAAACGACACAGCCUUUGUCUAUUUAGGCAGCUGGUGGAGCUGGUUGACUCAGCCCAUUCACAAGGUUUAUUCUUGAUGGACUUGAGACCAUCCCUUUUCACGUUAGUUCCAUCGAAGAAACUUAGAUAUAGUGGUACUUUUGGGAAGAACGGUUUAGAUUCAGAUGUUGACGAAGAUUUGAAUAGGAAGAGGCCCGUGUUUCAGGAAUCAUCUAUCGUAGGUAGGGAUUUGAAGAAAAGAAAAACAGACUUGGAUGUACAUUCUCGAGGGAAUCAACUUCAAGCCACUUCAACUGGGAAGCCUUCCAAAAGGAAAAGCCCUUUGAUUGAUUUAAAUGUGGUUGACACACGUAAUCCAGACAGUUGUGAACUUCAACAGCAAAACUAUAUCAAAAAUUUGGGCGUGUCUUCAAUGACGAAAAAACAGUCUAUGUCCACAUGGCUAGAAGAGCAAUGGUAUACUUGUCCAGAGGAGAUAAAUGGAGAAGAUAUCGGAGAAAAAUCAAAUAUAUAUGCCCUUGGUGUUCUUCUGUUUGAGUUGCUAUGCCAUGGCGAGUCCGGUGAGAUGCAUGCUGCAAUGAUGGCAGAUUUACGUCAUCGAAUUCUCCCACCAUCAUUUCUCUCAAGAUACCCAAAGGAAGCCGGAUUUUGUCUUUGGCUUCUACAUCCUGAACCUCCCUCCCGACCAACAGCUAGAGAUAUACUAAAGUCUGAGUUAAUAUGUGAGGAUGAUUCAGUUAAAUUGACUGCUCCUGAUGAGGAGAUAUCUGAGCUGUUACUUCAUUUUUUGUCUUCACUAGAAGAGCAGAAGCAGAAAAAUGCAUCUAAGCUUCUGCAAGACAUCCAGACUUUGGAGGAUGAUAUUAAGGAGGCUGAGCGAAGAUAUUCUUCAAAUGCUUCUUUGGUGAGAUCUCAUGGAGAUAUUGAAAGAAGAGCGCAAUCAUCUCCCUUAGACGAGUGCCGUGCAACUACUUCUGGCGCCAUGUUUGUACCGACUGCUAAUACAGACAGGCUGAUGAGUAAUAUCCGUCACCUUGAAGAUGCAUAUUUCUUCAUGAGAUCACAAAUGAAGUUAUUGGAUUCUGUUGCUAGUGCCCGUUCUGACAAAAGCCUUCUAAAGGACAGGGACAGGUGGUCUGAAAACCAAAAUGAGAAUCAGGAUACGAGAACCAAAGGAAAAUCUUCAGAUCAAUUGGAAGUGUUUUUCGAGGGGUUGUGCAAAUUUGCUCGGUAUAGCAAGUUUGAAACAUGUGGGACAAUAAGAAGUGGAGACCUUUUAAACUCUGCAAGUGUGGUCUGCUCAUUGAGUUUUGACCCUGAUGAGGAACACAUAGCAGCAGCUGGGAUAUCAAAGAAAAUCAAGAUUUUUGACUUCAAUGCAUUUAUGGAUGAAUCUAUCGGUGUUCAUUAUCCACUUGUAGAGAUGGUCAACAAAUCCAAAUUAAGCUGUGUUUGCUGGAAUAGUUACAUCAAAAACUAUUUGGCCUCGACUGACUACGAUGGUGUAGUUCAGAUAUGGGAUGCGGGGACUGGACAAGGGUUUUCACAGUACAAUGAACACCAGAAGAGAGCCUGGUCAGUUGAUUUUUCUCCUUCUGACCCGACAAAAUUUGUCAGUGGGAGUGACGAUUGUUCUGUAAAGCUUUGGAGCAUCAAUGAGAAACGGUCGUUAGGCACAAUUUGGAGUCCAGCAAAUGUGUGUUGCGUGCAAUUCUCUUCUUAUUCAAAUCACUUAUUGGCAUUUGGUUCAGCUGAUUACAAGGUCUAUUGCUAUGAUCUUCGGUAUGUCAAAACUCCUUGGUGCACAUUGGCUGGUCAUGAGAAAGCUGUUAGCUAUGUUAAAUUUAUGGAUUCAGAGACCAUUGUUUCUGCUUCCACUGAUAAUUCUCUCAAGCUUUGGAAUCUUAACAAGACGAAUUCGUCUGGUUUAUCUUCUGGUGCUUGUUCAUUGACGUAUAAAGGACAUACAAAUCAAAAGAAUUUUGUCGGAUUAUCGGUCUUGGAUGGAUACAUAGCCUGUGGUUCAGAGACCAAUGAGGUGUAUAGUUACUAUAAAUCAUUACCAAUGCCAAUGACUUCAUACAAGUUUGGAUCGGUCGAUUCAAUUUCUGGAAACGAAAACUUUGAUGACAAUGGACAGUUUGUGUCGAGCGUAUGUUGGAGAAAAAAAUCAAAUAUGCUUGUAGCUGCAAAUUCAACUGGAAACAUGAAGCUACUAAAACUUGUUUGA